CCCCGCCGGCGCGCCCGCUCCAGCCCCGCGCAGCCCGCCCGGGCCUGCCAGGGUCGCGCACCCGGAGCUAGGCCCGCGGCUGCCACCGGGGCGUCCACACAGGGCCCCAGGCCCAGGCGAGAGCGGGCGGGGAGGUGGGGCGAGGCCCGGGCGCCCACGCGCGUGAGGUCCAGGUUGCUUUCUUCAGCUUGGGCUCCAACCCGGCUCCCCUCCUCCCGGGGCGUUGCGGGCAGACGGCGGACGCGCUGUCCAGAAAGCCCCGGUGCGGGCUCGGACGGGAGCUGGGCUGGGGGAGGCGCGACCGCGAGCGCCGGACUCUCAGCGCUUGCCCCGCCCGGGCCCAGGCGCGGGCUCCAGUCUCCGGCACGCCGGGCCUUGGGGGCCGAGCGCGGACGCCCGUUUCUUCCUCGCUUCCUCCCUUCCUCCUUCCUUCCUUCCUUCCUUUCUCUCUUUGCACGUUAUUUACGGUGUUGGUUUCGCAGUUCCCCCGUCUCCCCCCAGACCCCAGGCGCGGGAGAACACAAAGUGGCCUCGACCCUGCUGCAGAGUGAGGCCGCGGGCUGCUGCCUAAACACAGGCGGCCCGGCGCUUCCUCUAGAUACUGCGGGACGCAGGCUGGUGCGACCUAGGUUCCACGCUCAACCUCCCCGCGUCCGACGAGCUAGAGGGGCAGGUAAAGUGGAACUGCACGGGAAAUUUAUGGAAGUUGAGCACUCAGUCCCAAAAAGACAAAGGAUCCGGAAACUUCAGAUAAGGAAUAUUCCGCCUCACUUACAGUGGGAGGUGCUGGAUAGUUUACUAGUCCAGUAUGGAGUGGUGGAAAGCUGUGAGCAAGUGAACACUGACUCGGAAACUGCAGUCGUAAAUGUAACCUAUUCCAGUAAGGACCAAGCUAGACAAGCUUUAGACAAACUAAAUGGAUUCCAGUUGGAGAGCUUCACAUUGAAAGUGGCCUACAUCCCUGAUGAAAUGGCUGCCCAGCAGAACCCCUCACAGCAGCCCCGGGGUCGUCGUGGGUUUGGGCAGAGGGGCUCAUCGAGGCAGGGAUCUCCAGGAUCCAUCUCCAAGCAGAAACCGUGUGACUUGCCUCUGCGCCUACUGGUCCCUACCCAAUUUGUUGGAGCCAUCAUAGGAAAAGAAGGUGCCACCAUUCGGAACAUUACCAAACAGACUCAGUCAAAAAUCGAUGUCCAUCGUAAAGAGAAUGCAGGUGCUGCUGAGAAGUCCAUUACUAUCCUCUCUACCCCUGAAGGGACCUCUGCGGCUUGUAAAUCUAUUCUGGAGAUUAUGCAUAAGGAAGCUCAAGAUAUAAAAUUCACAGAAGAGAUUCCCUUGAAGAUUUUAGCCCAUAAUAACUUUGUAGGCCGUCUUAUUGGUAAGGAAGGAAGAAAUCUUAAAAAAAUUGAGCAAGACACUGACACUAAAAUCACAAUAUCUCCAUUGCAGGAAUUGACGCUGUAUAAUCCAGAGCGCACCAUUACAGUUAAAGGCAACGUUGAAACAUGUGCCAAAGCUGAGGAAGAGAUCAUGAAGAAAAUCAGGGAGUCUUAUGAAAAUGAUAUUGCUUCUAUGAAUCUUCAAGCACAUUUAAUUCCUGGAUUAAAUCUGAAUGCCUUGGGUCUGUUCCCACCCACUUCAGGGAUGCCACCUCCCACCUCAGGGCCCCCUUCAGCUAUGACUCCUCCUUACCCACAGUUUGAGCAAUCAGAAACGGAGACUGUUCACCUGUUUAUCCCAGCCCUGUCUGUCGGCGCCAUUAUCGGCAAGCAGGGGCAGCACAUCAAGCAGCUUUCUCGCUUUGCAGGAGCUUCUAUUAAGAUUGCUCCGGCUGAAGCACCAGAUGCUAAAGUGAGGAUGGUGAUUAUCACCGGGCCACCAGAGGCUCAGUUCAAGGCUCAGGGAAGAAUUUAUGGAAAAAUUAAAGAAGAAAACUUUGUUAGUCCUAAAGAAGAGGUGAAACUUGAAGCUCAUAUCAGAGUGCCAUCCUUUGCUGCUGGCAGAGUUAUUGGAAAAGGAGGCAAAACGGUGAAUGAGCUCCAGAAUUUGUCAAGUGCAGAAGUAGUUGUCCCUCGUGACCAGACACCUGAUGAGAAUGACCAAGUAGUUGUCAAGAUAACUGGUCACUUCUAUGCUUGCCAGGUUGCCCAGAGAAAAAUUCAGGAAAUUUUGACUCAGGUAAAGCAGCAUCAACAGCAGAAAGCUCUGCAAAGUGGACCACCUCAGUCAAGACGGAAAUAAAGGCUCAGGAAACAGCCCACCACAGAGGCAGAUGCCAAACCAAAGACAGAUUGCUUAACCAACAGACGGGCGCUGAACCCCUAAUAUCCAGAAUUACAUGCACAAGUUUUUACCUAGCCAGUUGUUUCUGAGGACCAGGCAACUUUUGAACUCCUGUCUCUGUGAGAAUGUAUACUUUAUGCUCUCUGAAAUGUAUGACACCCAGCUUUAAAAAAAAUAAAUAAAAAAUAAAAAAAAAUAAGGGGGGAGGGAAAGAGAGGAGCUCUGCACUUCCCUUUUGUUGUAUUCUCAGUGUAACAAAUAUUCUAAUUUUUCUUAAUAUACCCCCUGAUGCCAGAAAUUGGCUUAAUGAUGCAUUCACUAAAUUCAUAAAAUAUAGAUUGCUCCCAAAUCCAAUUGUUAAAAUUGGAUCAGAAUAGAGUUAUUACGGGAACUUAAGUGUUAAGCUAUUAGCAUAGAAAAACCGUUCUCAGUUGUAUUUGUACCUAACACUAACACGAAUAACCUAAGGGAAGUGCUGAAUGGUGUUGGCAGGGGUAUUAAACGUGCAUUUUUACUCAACUACCUCAGGUAUUCAGUGAUGCAAUGGAAGCAAAAUUGUUUUUGUUUUUGGAGAAUUUUAUAUACUUUAUAAAGAUAAAAAGCCCAACAGUUUUUUAAAAAAAAACUUAAAAUUUAAUUAGCUGACAGGAAAAUACUGAGAAAAAUUUUACUCCUGACUGGUGACAGUAAAGCUGGAAAAUUAAUUUCAGGUUUUUUGAGGCUUUUGACAUCAUUAGUUGGAAAAUCCAAUAAACGUUCAGUGAUAUGGA